GAAAUUUUGUAAUUGAAAUAAAAGUGCGCGAAAAAUGAAUUUUUUACGCGUUUACUUAUUUCAUUACAUGUUGUGUUCAUAAUGCCGUUCACUUGUUCACUUUGUCCUGCUAAUUUCCUCAAAACUUUUUCAUCUAAGAAUUCACUUUCUAUUCAUGAAAGUAAUGCUCACCCAAACAGUAAAAUAAUACUUCACUCACACUGCUUAACUUCUCCCUCAUUAUAUGAUAUUUGUCAGUUUAAGAAUUCUUUUAUUAUACAAUUUAAAGCACGCUUGCAAUUUCAUAGAAGUGAACCACCUUAAAAAUGGAGCCUUUUUCCGAAGGACUUUUAUUAUUUUGUUCUAUAAUGAAUCAACCUUUCGAUAUUCCCCUGCUCAAAGAAAGUAUACGUGUAAGUUUGAGGGUGGUCAAGGAUACGAACAAUUGGGUAUUCUUUUGGAAAAUAAAAAUUGGGGCAGUAAAAAGUGUCGGGCAGGGACAUGUGCAUAUGUUUUGAUGCAGAAUGCACAGCAAACAUAUCAUGUCACUUUUUGCUGGAAAGAACGUGUAUAUAAAGAACUUGAUAUGUCAUUGCGGUGUGGUUCAAUGCAUUUUGAAUUUAAUAUAGAUGUAAGAGAUUUUGUGGAAGGUAACGUAAAAAUCUUAUUUUAUUUUAUGAAAUAUUUUAUAUUUAUUUAGGUUUUAAUAUUAAUUUAAUAUAUAGAAAAUCAUGACGAGAAUCAAGCAAGAAAUUUAAAUUGAUAAAUUAGAAGGAUCCUCUUUUUUUUUAUGAGAUAGAAUAGAAUUUAUAGAAUUAAAAACAAUUAAAAAAUAUGUACAAAUUAUUUGUAAUAAGUAAAUAAAAAAAUCAUCUUGUUUUGUAUUAAAAAUAUAUAUAUAAUUAAAAAUAAAAAAAUAUAAAAUAUAAA